AUGAGUAGAGCUAUCUUCAUCGAUCUAACAACAGAGAAAGGAGAACAAGAAAAGAGCAGGAAUAGCGAAGCUCGCAUAGCGGCAUCGUUGUCGUUGUCGUCGUCAAACGAUUGUAUCCGUGCAGAAACGAUCCAAAAACGACAAUAUUCGCAUCUUGAUAUCAACUCAAUUGAAGCAUCGCCUCCAGUCGCGUCAACUGAGAACGAACCUGUUGUAAAAAAUGACGAAGCAGACAUCAGCGCUACUCCCCAAUCAACAGAGGCGAAUGAAGAAAAACAAGAAUCAAAUCCAUCUUCGGACUCUUCAACCAAUAAACCAGAAGAAGAAGAAGAAGCUGUCGUAUCUCAAGCCGUUAGUCCACCAUCGGCGACAUCGGAUGUACAAGAACAAGAGAACUUAACAUCAAUAUCGUCGAAAGAAACCAAUAAAGAAAAUAUUAAUAGCAAAUCUCGUGAACAAGAAUCUUCAUCAACAGCAACAACGAAAUCUCGCUCAGUUAACUUUGCUUCAAAAAUUGAUGAAAUCGAGACACCGAGAUCUCAGCCGACAAAUUCAAAUAUAAAUCGAUCAAAUUAUUCAUCAUCAAAAUCAUCACGACGACCAAUUGAUUUCAUCGAUGCACUUGUCGAAAGUUAUAAACUUGAAACAUCAGUUCCUUCUCCGAACAAAGAAGAAAAAAAAUAUGUACCUAAAACGAAUCGUACACGUUUGAAUCCCAACUGGCGUGAACAUCGAACAAAACGUUUAAUGAAUAAAUUAGAAGAAUUAAGUUUAUGGGAUCGAGAAGAAGAAUUGAAAGCCACACAAGCUCAAUCAUUACGUGACCAAAAAUGGGAACAAAUACAAGAUCGUCAACGUAAUCAUGAUUUAUGUUUGGCUUUAAUGCGUCAAAGGCAUGAAAGUGAAAUGGAAAGUGCUGUGUUAUUAGAUCCAGGUGCAACAGGUAUAAACGACGAAAAUACGAGUGCAACUAUCGCACGUGCCAUGAGCUUGGCGUCACCCGCUGAACUUCUUGCGUAUGAUUUACCCACACCGCCACAUUCAUUGAAACGACGUCUUCGACAAGAACAAGAAAAAACAUCGGAUAUGAAAACAGCGCUGGGUCGUUAUCGACAAUUUGAAUCAACCAUGAGUAAUAAAUUAGAGAAAAUUAACCAAAAAUUACAACCAGAUCAUGAAAUUAUGCGUGCUUACAGUCCAUAUCGGACAGCAAUCCCGCCAACUGUCACGCCAUUGUUCAGCGAAACCUAUGCAACAUUACUUUCAGUACCUGAAUCGCAACCAACAAAUAAAUACAAUCAAUAUCACUAUAAUGUUGCUUCACAUUUACAUCAAGCACAACAUUCAGCAAGUCCGGAGUAUGAAACACGGUCGAAAUCUUAUUCAAGUCGUGAUGUGCGUGUACCAUUGAAAGAACAAGCUAAUGAUUAUAGUUAUUAUGAUGACGAGAAUAUCGAUGAACCUUAUCAUCACCAUCAUCAUCAUCGAUCAAAUCUUCUUGCUGAUGACGAGCAUCAUGCCAAACAUCGUUUGAAUACGAGUGAAUAUCAUCCGAAAUUUCGUUCAAAUGCUCUCGACGAGGAUUAUCAUCGAAAAUAUCGUUUCAAUUCAGUGGACGAAGACUAUUCAUCAAGACCUCGCCCAAAUCCUAUCGAAGACGACUAUUACACAAAAUAUCGUUCAACUUUACCAUCAAAAUUAGAUUAUAGUCCACCAAGACGAACAACCAGUUUGGUAUCACCAACUGCAUCAGCGUUAUACGAUUACACAACAGUUGCGAAUGCACCACGUGAUUAUUCAUUUAUUCAUUCUAGUCAACCAUUAUCGAACAGUAUUCACCUUCGUAGUUUAAAUGAUGAUUUAAAUGCUAUAACACGUUUUUCAAGUGAGACAAGUAAAAAAAUCUUACAAAAUGCCACCGAUUCAGCUAAUGAUCUGUCAAGCAAAUUGCGUUCGUCGUCAUCAAUGUUAACAUCGAAACAUGUUAGCUUUACUGAUCGAGAUGGCGUUGACGAUGAUGACUCGUUGAGUCUUGAAGGUUCAUCGCGUAAUUACUCAUCGAAAACAAUGUAUCAACAACCUGUGGAAAUCAUUUCACUUUCAUCUUCACGAUAA